AUGCCCCGAAGAGAUUCGCUCCUCUUCCUCACGCUAUUCGCGGCCACGUUUUUUUACUUUGCGGCGCUCGUCCACUGGCGCGCCGCAGCGGCGCAACAACUGCCUAGCUGGCGCCACACCACCGCCGGCUUGGCGAACACCAACCUCAGCGUCCACCUCGUCCUCGCGACGCUCAAGGCCGAUGACAUUUCGUGGACGUCCAAGCUCGACAUCCCCAACCUCAGAGUCAUCCGCUAUGUCAGCGACGACCCGGCCGCGCAGUACCGCCCGCCGGUGCCGCGCAAGGGCCGCGAGGCCCUCAUCUACCACACCUACUUUUACGACUUUUACGACGACCUGCCCGACUUGUCCAUCAUGAUCCACGCCGAAGAGAGACCCUGGCACACGGAGGGCGUGCUGCAGCAGUCCAUGGCGUUCGCCCUGUCGCAGCUGGACCUCGAGCGGGCUCGCCAGCGCGGCUACGCGAACCUGCGCGUCAGCUGGGAGAAUGCGUGCCCGGCCUGGCUCGACACGACAAAGACGCCCGAGGACUCUGAGAAACAGGAGGAGCCGUACAUGCGCGAGGCGUUUGAGGCCAACUUUGGGCCGCCCCUCGAGGUGCCUCGCAUCCUGGCCGGGCCGUGCUGCUCGCAGUUUGUCGUCACCAAGGAGGCCGUACGGCGGCACCCGCGCAGCCAGUACCAGCGCAGCCGCGACUGGCUCGUCGAGACGGGAUGGUCGGAUUACAUUGCCGGCCGCACGUGGGAGCACAUGUUUCCUUGGCUCUUCCGCGGCAAGGCAGUCGACUGUCCUAGUGAGGCCGAGGCGUACUGCAGCAUGUACGGCAUCUGCUUCGAGAGGGCCGAGGCGGCGGCCCGCUACAACAGGCUCUGGCAGGAGAAGCGGGAUCUGAUGGAAGCGACAGAGGUGUUGCGGGAGAUUCUGGACCCCCAGGCGGGUGUCAAGGCGAGGGCGCGCAUGGCUGAGAUUGACGCCAUUUUGCGAGAAGGGAUAGUAGAUGCGUUGAAGAGGGGCCAGGACGAGGUGCGGAGGUCAGCAGCAUUCGACAAUCUUUUCAAGAGUUGA